AUGCAGAUGCAUCAGAUGCUGGAGCAGAUGUUUGAAGGCGGCAAAGGUGUCUACGCUGAAGGCUUCGGCACCCUCGACGAGCAUCGUCAGAUAGCUGAGACACACCUGCAGACCUCUGCUGAGCUGCAGAAUCAAUCGAUCGCCAUCCAGAAGGAGUUGGACAACAUCUUGCAAGCGCUGCAAAUUCCUCCGGUGUCCUACAGCCAAGCGCCGAUGAUCGUGGGCCCUGCGCAGAUGGUGACCUCGCAGCCGAGAGCGCCACAGGCGCUCUAUGGCCGAGGCACGUUACCAGGGCCCCCGAGCGUGCUGCCGGCGCCCGGUGUGCCCAAACUGCUGGGGCCGCACGCUGGGAUGAUCCAAAGCGGCAGUCCCAUGGUACCGGGCAUGGUGAGCCCUCCCGGUCCAGCGGUACGAUCCUUGUCCGGAUCUCCGGUGUUCAGUCCUGGGUUCAGCACUCCAGUGACGCCCAACAAGUCAGCUCGGAACCAUAUCGCGUAG